AUGCGGCCCCCGGGCUCGGAGGAGAGUCCGGAGCCUGCAAAGGACGAGGAGGAGGGUCCGGAGCCCGUGAAGGACGAGGAGGAGGAGGAGGAGGAGGAGGUGGAGGAAGGCCCGCAGCCCGUAGGGGACGGGGAGGCAGCGGCGCCCGCCCCCGACGGCGCCUCCCCGGCCGCCUGCGCCGCUGCGGGGCCGGGCCCCGACGUCCCCAAAGCAGCCGCGGGGGACGACGAGGGGCCCGGCGGCAGCAAGUACCUGCUGGGCGCCCUGGCCCUGCUGGCCCUGGGGCUGCUGCUCGUGCCCGGGGGCAUCUAUGACCCAGCGGAGGGCCCCGCGGAGAGCGACGUGCCCCGGGACGUGGCGGGAGGGCAGCAGGAGCCGCCGGUGCCCGCGGGCGUCACYGAGCCGCCACCUCCGGAGGCCGGGUCCCCCCCCAGCCUGCAGUCCAUGAGCCUCCUCCUGGACCGGCUGGCCAAGGAGAACCAGGACAUCCGGCUCAUGCAGGCGGAGCUGCAGGCGCACAAGGAGGAGCUGCAGGCGCUGCUGCGGCGCAGCGAGGACGAGGCGGCGGCCGCGGGCGCCCAGCGCCGNGGGAGCCCUCGACUGGGCGGGCUGGAGCGGCGGCUGGAGCAGGCGGAGGCCGCCGAGCCCUGGAAGAAGCCGUUCAAAGCGGACAACAAGGAGGGCAAGCGGCACAAGCGGCACGAGGGCGCGGAGAAGCGGGAGCAGGGCCUGGCCCACGGGCCCGGCAAGGAGCCCCGGCCACCGCGGGAGCACAAAGCCGGGCCCGAGGCGCCUGCCCAGCCCGGCCCGGCGGAGCCGCCGCUGCUGAGCCGCUACCGGGCCCCGCGGGGCUGCUCGGGGGUGGCCAAGUGUGCCCGCAAGGAGGGCAUGGAGCCUGUGCAGCGGGCGCAGUUCCUGCAGCUGCUGCAGGGCUUCCUGGAGCGCCAGGGCUGGGGGAGGCACCUGGCAGGGGUGACCGCCCGCCUGGACGGCGCCUUCGGGCCUGAUGGCACCUUCGCCCACGACCGCCUGCGCUUUGUGGACUUCGUGGACGACGCCGAGGAGCUGCUGGAGGAGCUGGCGCGGCGCGAGGGCGGCGACGAGGAGGCGGCCGACGGCUUUGAGGAGUUCGUGCUGCAGCGCGUGGCCCGCGGGUUUGCCAAGAAGGAGCGGCCCAGGAAGGGUCCSCAGCAGCACCGAGGGGGCGGCCCCGCGUGGAGCCACGAGAGCCGCUCGCGGGGGUAGAGGCGCGAAGGCCGCACGGGGCCCCCCUGCACCCAUCUGUCUGAUGCACUGUGUCCUGCCCGGGGCGGGCACACCUGGGGUACCCGAAGCCAUGGGGGCUCCGGGUGUCACUGCCCGGCCCCGGGCCUCCCCGCACCCUGUGUGAUGCUGCACUGCCGUAGAUGCAAUAAAGUCACUGCUGGCCGA